UCAAAUAGAAAUGGUUCGAAAAUGUGUAAUUUUCCAAGAGAUCCACAGCGAUUACGUACGUGGCUGAUAAAUUGUGGAAUGGAAGAUAAAACCUUUAAUUAUUGUGCUGCAUUAUGCAAGUUUCACUUUAUAGCUGAUAUGUGGGAGGAUCAUGGAUCAAACAAAAAAUUAAAAUCGUCUGCGGAGCCAACAAUAUUUGGUGAACUUGUGAUACAGCAAAAGCAUCAGAAAAUCACUAAUGUGUCAACAGUGUCUACCGAAAUUGAAGAAGAAAGUAUAUCGAUACUUACCGUAUCGGUAAAUAAAGAAGUGAAGAUAAUACAAAAUGAAUUAGAAAUUACAAGAAGUCCAGCAGCAAAUGUUUCCGACAGAGAACAGACAACGCUCAACACAGAAACUGAAAAUUAUGGUCCAGAUGCUACCAGGAACAAAAUUUUACACGAAAAGAGUCACAUUGGCCGGUAUUCAUAG